AUGGACGACCUUCCAACCGGUGCUGACGACAAUGCCACAAUGUCACUUGCGGGAUCCCCGAGCGAUGCCUUAUUCGGACUGGACACUGCCGACUUUGAUCCCUCCCACGAGGCCAAUCUUCGUGCCGAUGAGACCGAGGCGGAGGAGAAGGUUGCGGACGAGGACGAGGUUAUGCUCGACGACAGUAUGGCAGACGAAGAUAUGGAAGUUACCCCGGUAGACGGCCCGGUAGAUGGCACGGUAGACUGCGUCUCGGUUCAAACAGAGAGUGACGACAUCGCUGCCGAACCCGCAACUGGGGAGAUCGCAAAAACACCGCCCAGAACCGACUUCGGCGUCGACGAACACAUUCCCUCCAUUGAGGCUGAUGAUACACACGAAAACGAGACGGCAAUCAUGAGCGAACGAGUCGAUAGCUUCGAAACUAUCAAGCCAGAAGAUGACAUAGGGAAGGCGGUAUCGACAUUGCGCCCGUGGAACUUUGAGAUAAUCCUACCGCCCAUAUCACCGGAGAAACGCGCCCAGUAUUGCUCAAUAAAGAGCGACGUCGUGGAUGAAGUUAUCGAAGAGGUACCUGGUAUGGAAGGCGAACUGUGGUAUAGAGUGGAGUUCACAGAUGGACGACAAGAUACUCUGAAGAUACCUUUCGACGAAUUACUCGCGCAUGAAAGAGGCCAAUUAGCUCUUCAAACAUUUCAAGGCAUCAUGGCUCCAGACACCAGCCACUGGCAAGACGAGUGGGAGGAGUCGAUUGCAGACUCUGACGCCGAUCUUGAUACUAUUGAGCUUGACGAAGAUGAAGCCCCCCGUCAGUCUAAACGUCUACGAAGCUCGACACAUCGCCGCACCCGCGAGGACUCCGAUUCCGACGAGGAGCUCCAUUCCCGCCGUUCCAAACGCCAGCGUACGUCUACAAGACCGAGCACGAGACACAACUCGAAAGUGAUCUCGGACGAUGGGAUCGUGGAUGAGGCUCCCGCGCGAGGCCGCCAACUUAGAGAGCGAACUCAGAAACAGCUCAAAUUGACAAGCAUGGCCUUUGUCAGCAUGCCCUUGAGUCGGGACAAUGAUUUGGACGAGUUAUCUCAGGACCAUCCUCGCCAACAAUCCGACGAUGAUGAUGACUUUCAAAUCAUCACAUCCGACCUCUUGCCAAAGUCCUCCUCGGCUAGGCGCAAGAAGUCACGGCGCCUUAGGGUCAAGGCCAAAACCAUCGAGCAACCCAGGUCUCGUGGCUCCUCAAUUGAGUUUGAGGAUCGUCGUCGGUCUGGCAGAUCCACGAGGAACAAGGGCAGUAUGCUUGAUCUUGCAUUGAUGGAUGAGGAAUCAUUCUACGUUGAAGAUACGGCACCCGUCGGCGUCCCCAAGGUCAUGAACAUCAAGGAAGUCUUCAAGCAAAUUGACCAUGAUGCACCCUUCAAUCAAUAUCACUCCGACAUCUGCGCCACGUGCAAUACUGGUCCUGCCGCCAACAAAGGCCCCCUGAUUGGCUGUCAAGGCUGCUCCAUAUCAUUCCACAAAAGCUGUAUUGGCUACAGAUCUGCCAGAGAACACAUUGUCACCAAGGUUGGCGUGGACAAUUUUGUUCUACAGUGCAAGUUCUGCAUUGGCAUCUACGCCAAGAAGGACAGGAACAGCCCAAGACAUAGCCGGUGUCAAGAAUGCAAACGUUCCGGGCGGUCAUGUGCGGCAUUUUCGUCCAAGAAAACCCCUAGACAAGAGGAGAAAAUCCGUCUUGAAAAUGGUGGUGAAGACCCUGUCACGGCAGUGGCUCCAUCAUUGGUCAACAAUGCCGACAACCUCUUAUUCCGCUGCACCAUGUGCAAGCGUGGCUGGCACUAUGAGCACUUGCCAUCAUCACAAACGGACUCAGACGUGUCUGACAUUCGCCAGCAGCGACUCGCCGAAUACUCCGUCGACUGGAAGUGUGUCGACUGCGGCACGGUUUCCGACAAGAUACAGACCCUGGUUGCCUGGCGGCCCCUGGGUAAAGCUUCACUCGAAUCCGGGAAGACCUACAGCGAUUUCAAUGAGGACGAAAAAGAGUAUCUCAUCAAGUGGCAGGACAAGUCGUACUUCCAUUGCAGCUGGAUGCCUGGUGCAUGGCUCUUUCACGUUACCGCGGGUGUGAUGCGCAACUCCUUUGCGAAAAAGGAUGCGGAUCAGAACUUGGCCCUGAAGUUUACCGAAGCCGAGGCAAUCCCCCAAGAUGCUCUCAUGGCCGAUGUCAUCUUUGAGGCCAAGGUGAAAGGGGGAAAAGCAAGAACGCUUGAAGAUGAGAUCGAGCGUAUUGAGAGCGUCGAUAAGAUCUUCGUGAAAUUCCAAGGUCUUGGCUACGACGAAACGGUAUGGGAUUCGCCGCCAAAGCCAGAUGCCGGCGAGGUUUAUACGGCAUUCAAGGCCGCAUACUACGAAUACCUCACUGGCAAGUACUUCACCAGCUCCACGAAUGCCAAAAUGAAAGAGCGCGUGGACAAGUGGAAGGACAACAAAUUCGUCAAGUUGGCCCAGCAGCCCCCUGGUCUCCGCCGUGGCAAGCUUAUGGAAUACCAGAUUGAGGGCGUCAACUGGAUGCUAUGGAACUAUCAUAGUGAAAAGAACGCCAUUCUUGCCGAUGAAAUGGGAUUGGGCAAAACGGUACAGGUCGUCGGCUUGAUCUCGACCCUGGUUCACGGCGACCCAAAGUGGGCUCCAGACCUUCGGGUAGUCACUUACCAUGGUGGCAAGCAAGCGCAAGAGUUGGCGUACAAAUAUGAGCUCUUCCCGCGCGGCUCCCAAGAUAUCAAGGCUCACGUUGUUGUCAUGUCAUAUGACUCUGCGCAAGACGAUCGCACGAAACAUCUCUUCCGUUCAGUUCAAUGGGCUGGCCUGGUAGUUGACGAGGGACAGCGAUUAAAGAACGACAAGAGUCUCUUGUACACGGCUCUUCGUUCCAUGCGGUUCCCCUUCCGACUCCUUCUUACGGGUACACCACUGCAGAACAAUAAGCGGGAGCUUUUCAAUUUGCUUCAAUUCAUCGACCCGACCCAAAAUGCUGCGAAACUCGACGAAGAAUUUCAGGAGCUCAAUGCGCAGAACCUCCCUGAAUUACACGGUCAGAUCAAACAGUACUUUCUGCGGAGGACCAAAGCUCAGGUUCUCAAGUUCUUGCCUCCCAUGGCUCAAAUCAUCGUUCCCGUCUCCAUGUCGAUCCUUCAAGAGAAGCUUUGCAAGUCAAUCAUCGCCAAGAGUCCCGAUCUGAUCAAGGCCAUCUUUGCAGACGACAAGGUCAACAAGAAAGACCGUGGCAGUCUGAACAACAUUCUCAUGCAGCUACGGAAAUGUCUCUGUCAUCCGUUCAUGUACAGCGAAGCAGUCGAAGAGCGAACGGUUGACCAAGCCCAGCUACACGAGAAUCUAAUUUCAGCGUCAGGGAAGUUAAUGCUUCUCAACAUUAUGCUGCCGAAGCUGAAAGAAAGAGGACACAGAGUUCUCAUCUUCAGCCAAUUCUUGAACCAAUUGGACAUCAUUGAAGAUUUCCUAAACGGUCUCGGCUUCCAGUACCGACGACUUGACGGCAGUCUCAGCAGUCGGGAAAAGCAGAAGUAUAUCGAUGACUACAACGAACCUGACUCUCCAGUCUUUGCAUUCCUUCUCUCCACAAGAGCUGGCGGCGUGGGCAUCAAUCUCGCGACUGCUGACACUGUCAUCAUCUUGGAUCCUGAUUUCAACCCCCAUCAAGAUAUUCAGGCUAUUUCGCGUGCUCAUCGCAUCGGUCAGAAGGAUAAGGUGCUGUGCUUUCAACUCAUGACCAAAAACUCAGCAGAGGAAAAGAUCAUGCAAAUCGGCCGCAAGAAGAUGGCUCUCGACCAUGUUCUGAUUGAGGCAAUGGACGAUGUGGGAGAGUCUGAAGACCUAGAAUCGAUCUUGAAAUUCGGUGCCUCAGCAUUAUUCAGCGAUGAUCAGAGCGAAAAGGACAUCGUCCGAUACGAUGAUGCAAGCGUUGACAAACUCCUGGACCGGUCGACUAUUGAACAGACAAAGACCGGCGACGACGAUUCCGCUGAGUCUCAGUUCUCCUUCGCCCGUGUAUGGGCCAAUGACAAAGACGGAUUCGAAGACAAUCUUGCUGAAGAAAACGAGCCCACAGUGAAUCCUAACGUAUGGGAGGAGAUCUUGGCAGAGCGAGAAGCAGAAGCUAAACGCGUUGCCGAGUUGAACAAGGAAGUUCUUGGUCGAGGUGGUCGACGGCGUCAGGCAAUCAGCUACAAGAAUAACGGCGGCACCGGCGUGGUCACUGACCUCCCCAUCAACAGCGACAGCUCCGAUAAUGACGGAGAGUUUGUCGGUGGAGAUGAGGAGGAGGAUCCUGAUACUGACAUGGAAAAUAGGGAUGACAACUCCAAAGCGAACUCCCAGCGUAUCGCGUCAGGCCAAGGCGCCCUCCACAAGUGGAAAAUCAAUCCGAACUGGCCUGGAUCAGGUCCAAACCCCAGACCAGACGACCACAGAGCAAUCCAGCACAACGGACGAUCCAACCCCGUCUACCCCUUCUACACACCUCCUCAGCCCAACCUUAACUCCAUCUAUCACCAGCCCGGAGCCCAGCUCCACCAGCAGCCCCCUCCCGCACCAGGAAACCGUCUCGGUCGACCGAUGAAGCCUGAUAUGGCCUGGCUUGACCACCUGACAGCAGCCCGAACGGUCACUGGCGGUGAGUUGCUUCCAACUCAGCAGGCUGCUCACGGAUUCCAGCAGCAACAACAGUCUGCUCCUGCCAUACGUCAACCAGCGUCUGGCAACCCUAUUAUUAGCGACGGGAAGAUGGAAAGCCCCCGAGUCGUCUUCUUCGAUCCCCAGAACCCGCCUCAACCAUUUUAUCCUCCCGAAUACCCUCAGCCUGUGUCUGGGCAAACAUCUAUGAGACACAGCCUCGCAAACGCUCCCCGCAGCGUCGAUGCCCCGAACUGGCGCAUGGGCAUGGGUAUGGGUAUGGGAGGCGGUCAAGGCCACAGGCACUACAGCUCAUUCAGCUCGUCGGCCAGCGGCACUGAGUAUAUGAUCAUAGGAUCACAAGUGCAAGAUUGUCAGGCUUCAAGCAUGGGAAGGAACACAAACAUCGACACUUCGGGCUUCCACGGCUACUGCCUGGAUCGUGGAAACGGCAAUUAUACCAGGUUGAUUCCUGCCGACUCGCUUCCACCUUUGGUGGGCAUACCGGUCAUUCAGAACAGUGCUGAAGGUCUGCUUGUUCUCCCACAGCCUCGAGGCGUGGACCCUCAGAACUUAGCUGGCAGCCCUGUUCAGCCUGUUGCCUUUAGACGCAGAAUCGAUCAGAUCGUUGCCACCUCCCCAAAGAAGCCCAAGAUCUACUGUGACAAGUGGGUUCAUGAGGGCGUCUGCGCAUUCACCCAGCAAGGUUGCAAGUACAAGCAUGAGAUGCCCCUCGAUAAGGCGAUACAGCACUCACUUGGUCUUUUCCAUGGGUUGCCGGCAUGGUGGAAGAAGCAGCAGACUGAAGUUCGGCAACAACAGCAGCAGCAGCAGCAGCAACAGCCUCAGGGCAGCGGAGCCGAGGUCUACUUUGAUCUUCGUCAGCAAUCUCAAACUGGCUUGGAUUCACCCAUGAUUAGUGACAAGGGUCUUGCCAGCUCGACGAGAGCGACGCCGUCAUGGCGGAGAGGUGAGCGUGGCAGGAACCAGGGACAGAUGAGCGCAGGAUCACUGGUGAGACCCGGUGCAGGAUACAGGAACUCGCCUGACUCGAGACAUACCUACCAGCAGAAUAUGGACUCGCCAACCUCCUCUUGUGUUUGGGGCCCGAUCGGUCCGCCUUCAAAGCAGACACCCGACCCAAAUCCGCAUUCACACCAGAACAUGAGUGCCUUCGCCACUUCCAAUAACUUCGCUCUGCUGGGCUCUCUUGACGCGAACACAGGCGAGAGGGAUGAUGGCCGCAGAUAUGAGACCUACUAG